UGUGAGAGAGAGAGAGAGAGAGAGAGAGAGAGAGAGAGAGAGAGAGAGAAUGGGAAUACCAUCAUUCUACUGGUGGUUGAUAAAUAAGUAUCCAAAGAUAUUGAUGAAAGCAUGGGAAGAGAAAGGAGGAGAAGAUGGUGUUGACACUACUCAGCCCAAUCCGAAUGGAAUAGAAUUCGAUAACUUUUAUCUCGACAUGAACUGUAUCAUCCAUUCCUGCUACCGUGGCGAUUAUCAGUCAUCUCGUCCUAAAACAUGCGAUGAGGUCUUCAAUAGCAUUUUUGAAGAGAUUGAUCGUCUCUUUCGCAUAGUGAGACCAAGAACCCUAUUGUACAUGGCCAUUGACGGAGUAGCAACAAUAGCCAAAAUGAGGAAGCAAAGAUGUGGGCGCUUCUUAUCUGCAAAGCUAAAAGAACUUAUGGAAGCUGAGGGGGAUCUUCCAGAAAUUCCGUGCGAGGUUUCGGAUUCAAGUGUUAUUACACCAGGAACUGAAUUCAUGGAUAGAUUGUCGAAGGUGCUUAAAUGCUACAUUCGUUUGAGACUGAACAAUGACCCGGGUUGGAAAGACAUCAAGGUUAUAUUGUCUGAUGCAAAUGUUCCUGGCGAGGGAGAGCAUAAGAUUAUGUCAUUCAUACGGCUACAACGGAAUCGUGAUGGAUACAAUCCAAAUACUCAUCACUGCGUGUAUGGCUUGGACACGGAUCUUAUAAUGUUGGCUUUAGCCACACAUGAAGUUUAUUUCUCUAUAUUGGGGGAGAUGCCGAUACAACUUAUCUUGUAUUGGACACGUUCUGAAAUCAUUCAAAAAAUUUUGAAAUUAGAAAGAAUGAGUGUUUAUUGUUUUUUACUAUUGAUACACCAGGAUGCAGCUUCCAGGGAGCAGGAAGUAAGCUUCAUAUUGUCCCCCAAAACAUCUCUUCCUAAGCAGAAUGUAUAUUCUAUAAGAUCAAGAGAGUGGUUUAUUAAUUUCCGUCAGUCCAAAGAUAGUGCUUCGUUAGCUAAGACGCCGUAUCAGUUCUUGAAUAUUUGGAUAUUACGAGAAUAUUUGGAACUCGACAUGACAAUUGCUGAACCUCCCAAAGAUUUCUUGAUAAAUUUCGAGCGAAUCAUAGACGAUUUCAUCUUCCUGUCAUUCUUCUUGGGAAACGAUUUUGUGCCUAAUCUUGCUUUGUUGGGAACUCAUGAGGGCGCUAUGGAUUUGCUAAUGGCUGUUUACAAACAGGAGUUCAAAAGCAUGGGUGGAUAUCUCAUCGAUACACGCCGAUUGCAAGAUAAGAAUGCUGCCCAUAUAAAAUUUGAAAGACUAGAACAGCUUAUCCUUGCUGUUGGUUCUUAUGAAGAUAAAAUUUUCAAGAAAAGAUCAGAGAUACAGAAGCGUAAGCUUGAUCGGAACCUGCGCGAGACACUUGAAGCCAUGGGUGAAGAAGAUUUAGAUAAUGUGGAAGAAGACUCAAAAUACCAACCAAAUGCUCGUUCAGUGGAGUUUAAUGGUCUUUCAACUUUCAGAUGUUCAAUAACUGAUUAUUAUAAGGAUACCAAGGAAUUCAUACAAAAGUUAAAGGAAUUGCAUCAACGGAAAUCAGAUAAGGUCAAUCUUGGUUCUGAAGGUUGGAAAGCUCAAUAUUAUAAGGAGAAAUUUUAUGUAGAAAAGCCUGAUGAAAUUGAAAGCAAACGGGAAGAAAUCGUUCAAAAAUAUGUGGAAGGCCUAUGUUGGGUACUACACUGUUAUUUUGAAGGAGUGUGCUCAUGGAGCUGGUCUUACAAUCAUCAUUUUGGUCCAUUUGCUUCCGAUUUCAAGGGCCUUGAUGGAUCACAGAUAAACUUUCAGCUGGGAACUCCAUUAAAACCGUUAGCUCAGCUUAUGGCCAUCCUUUCACCAAGAAGUGCCCAUGCAGUUCCCGAAGCAUACAGGUCUCUAAUGACUUGUUCGGAAUCAAAUAUCAUAGAUUUUUACCCCUCUGGUAAGACCUUUAAAAAACUCACUGAAGUUUACUAG